GGAAGUCGGUGCGGUAAACGGCGAGAGUCCAGAGACGCUCGGUGCCCGAACAGUCCGUCAGUGACAGUGCGUUCGCGAACACGGAUUCCCCGGCGGCCUGUUGGUCCGGAUCGGCUCGUAAACUCUCGAACCAACCGUCGUCUCUCCGCGCCGCGUGCCCGCCGCGCUAGAAGAGGAAGGGACACGAGAGACAGACACAGACCGCUGGUGUUCGCUGGAACGCCGACACCGUGUGUGUGCUUGUACACGGUUCGCCCUCCUGGCAACGCGGUGUCGCUCGAAAACAAUGCCACGAGCACGUCCGAGUGGUUAGACGCGUGACCAAGGGAAUCAUCACCGGGAAACCGUCGAACGCUUCUCGCUACGCGGACCGGGCCAGACGGCCACGCUGCAAACAGGAACGGCUCGCCGCGCAUCGAUUACACGCAAGGCUAGCAGAACGGAGCUGCCAUCUCAGCGACUCCUCCACAUGUGGACAUCGCCGUCCCGACUCAGGAUCGGCCGAGCACCCAGGAAAAAGACGACACCUUAAGCUCUAGCUGCUGCCGGCAGCUACCGCGACUGGUGAACAAUGGAGAGCACCAGGAGGAAGCUGUCCUUCCUUGGCUUUGGUAAAAGGGUAUCGGUCGACGGUCAUGGCGCGGAAACGGGACCGGAACUCGACGAGGAGAUGGAGAAGGUUUUCGCGAUGGACGCCGGGGAGAAGUUCGACGUAGCUCGGCUCGGAUCGCCCUCCGAAUCGGCUGGAUCCGAUCGAGAUCGAGAUCGGGACCGAGGACCACCACCGCGAUAUGGCGAUCACGAUCUCAAUCAACACCGAAAAAGAAGUUACCCACAUCCGUACAUGCCCCUGAAAAGCCUUCAUUCCAGAUCUAUGCGACGGCACCUCUCACCCGAAGGAUCCACAGCGGAAGUCGGGCAAGAAGAGGAGAACGGACAGGUGCAGGUCGGAAAUGGCGGCGGUCAGGAGGGAGAGACGCAGAUGGACAACGGACUGUCGUCGAGCAGCGUGCCCGACGUCGACGAGGAGACCGCGGAGGAGAUGGAGAACGUUCUCAGCAGCGAGAGCGAGGCGCCGAUCUCCGAGAGGGCUGCUUCCGGUUUCAGCGACAGCCCGCCGAUCGGUAGCCCCAGGGUUCAGUUCGAGAACAUCAAGGAGGAGGACGUAUCCGCGUCGAAGCAGGACGAGGCGCCGGCCGUUGGCGCACCGGCCGGCCACGACGAGGACCGGAAGUGUCGGAGGCACCAGAAACACGAGCACAAAAGACACCACCACAAGUCCCGGAAGUACUCGCUGCAGGAGGACCCGCAAUGGCGGAAGCGGUCGGGAGCGGGUCUCCCGGACGGCUCGAGCGUGUUCGGUCGCCGCGUCAGCGUUCAGCCGGAGGAAGCGAGCACGCUCCAGGAGCUGGACAUCGACGACCUGGAGUCGCACAGGAGCGACGAUCCGCGCGGCAUGAGGCGGCACAAGGCUGCCUACUCGACCGUGCAGAUCGGCCGGAAGAAAGAAGGCGGUAUCCCCCAUGACACCUUCAAGAAGAUGUACGACCACUCGCCGCACGAGGUGUUCGUGCAACUCGACGAGCUGCACGGUGUCGGCGAGGAGCGUGAAUGGCGGGAGACCGCUCGAUGGAUCAAAUACGAGGAGGACGUCGAAGAAGGCGCGGACAGAUGGGGCAGGCCCCACGUAGCUUCCCUCAGCUUCCACUCGUUGCUGAACCUGCGCAGAUGCCUGGAAACCGGCGUGGUCCUGCUCGACCUGGAGGGCAAGGAUCUGCCCGGCCUCGCGUACCGGGUCGUCGAGCAGAUGGUCAUGGAGGAGCUGAUUCUGCCGGAAGACAGGGCCGUGAUCAUCAGGGCCCUGCUGCUCAGGCAUAAGCACGUGCACGAUCACGAUCGCGGCUUCCGGUUCGGCGGCAAGAGGAACUACUCCAGCUACAACAGCCUUCAGUCCGUCGGUCUGGAGGAGGAAGACGCUGCGCGGGAAGCCUCUGAGAACCAUGUAACCGAACAUAAUUUGAACGACGCGAAGCCGAAGAUCGUCUCGUCGAACCUGGUUCUGGACACCAACCACACGGUGGUCGACAUGAAAGAGGAGCUGACGUACACCAGCAGCAACGAGGACUUGAAGAAGAACCAGAACGAGUACAUCCUGAAGAGAAUCCCAGCUGGCGCCGAGGCGACGAUCGUCCUGGUCGGCGCGGUCGACUUCCUCGACCAGCCGACGAUCGCCUUCGUCAGGCUGGCGGAGGGUGUGAUCAUGCCCUCGAUCACGGAGGUGAACAUACCGGUGAGAUUCAUGUUCACGUUGCUGGGCCCGAGGAACGCCGACCUGGACUACCACGAGAUCGGCAGGUCGAUCGCCACGCUGAUGGCCAACACGUCGUUCCACAAGAUCGCGUACAAAGCGAACGAGAGGCGCGAGCUGUUGUCGGCCAUCAACGAGUUCCUGGACGACUCGAUCGUGUUGCCCCCUGGCGAUUGGGAGAGGCAGGCGUUGCUGCCGUUCAACGAGCUCAAGGCCAAGAGCGAGGCUAUCAGGAAACGCAAGGCCAAAGCCCUCGAGGAGAAGAGUAAGCCUAUACAGAGCGAGGCUGCGGUUAAGAAAGCUCUUCUCGCUGGCGAGGAAGAGAAGAAACCUCCCGGCGACGACGAUCCCCUGCGCAGAACGAAGCGGCCGUUCGGCGGGCUGAUCAACGACAUCAAGAGACGCUACCCGUUCUACCUGUCCGACUUCACGGACGGCCUGAACUCGUCCUGCCUGGCGGCCGCGAUCUUCAUGUACUUCGCCGCCCUGUGCACGGCGAUCACGUUCGGCGGUCUGAUGAGCGACAAGACGCACAACGUGAUCGGUAUAUCGGAGACCCUGGUCUCCGGCUCCUGGACCGGAGUCGUGAUGGCUCUGUUCUCCACCCAACCCCUGGUAAUUAUCGGCACGACCGGCCCCCUGUUGCUCUUCGACGAGAGCUUGUACAACUUCUGCCUGGCGAACGAGCUUGAGUUUCUCACGGUGAGAGUCUACGUAGGGGCUUGGAUGGGGAUCAUCGCGCUAGCCAUCGCCAGCGUCGAGGGAUCAGUACUGGUCAGGCUGUUCACCCGGUUCACCGAGGAGAUCUUCACCGGCCUGAUCUCCCUCCUCUACAUCGUCGAGACCUUCAUCAAGCUGUACAAUUACUUCGUGAAGAAUCCGCUGCUGGAGGAGUACAGCUUCGUCCCGGAGACGAACGAGACCAUGUACUGGAACACGGAAGUGAACGUCACCGAGAUGAAGGUGGUGUCGCCAAACACCGGCGAGUCGGUGGUCAUCCCGAUGGAGGAGCCCGAGAUCUUGAUACCCGGCCGCAACGCCGUCGGUUUACUGAUCAAUCAACCGAACACCGCGCUGAUGUGCACGAUACUGUGCCUCGGCACGUUCCUCGGCGCCUACUACCUGCGAAUCUUCCGUAACAGUCAUUACCUCGGCCGGAGCGCUAGGAGGGCUUUCGGUGACUUCGGUGUGCCGAUCAGCAUCGUCGUGUUCGCGCUGAUCGACUACGUGGCGAGGGUGAAGACGGAGAAGCUGUUGGUCCCCGAGGGACUGUCCCCGACGAUACCCGGGAGAAGCUGGAUCGUCUCGCCCGUCGGAGUCCAUAAACCUAUACCACUGUGGAUGGCUAUGGCCUGCAUUGUGCCAGCGUUGCUGGUUUACAUUCUCGUUUUUAUGGAAACUCAGAUCUCCGAGCUGAUCAUCGACAAGAAGGAGCGAAAGCUGCGGAAGGGUAACGGCUAUCACAUGGAUAUAGUGGUGGUGUGCUUGAUGAACGUUGGGUGCGGCUUGAUGGGCGCCCCAUGGUGUUGCGCCGCUUCUGUCCGUUCGCUAACGCACGUGUCGGCGGUAACGGUGAUGUCCCGCACCCACGCGCCCGGCGACAAGCCGCACAUCGUCGAGGUGAAGGAGCAGAGGGUGAGCGCCCUGCUGGUCGCCAUAUUGAUCGGCGUGAGCGUGCUGAUGGCGCCGUUGCUGCGGCGCGUACCAAUGUCCGUCCUCCUGGGAGUGUUUCUCUACAUGGGCAUCUCGUCGACGAACGGUGUGCAACUGUUCGACCGGGUGAAGCUGUUCUUCAUGCCGGUGAAGCAUCACGGGACCGCGAACUACGUCCGCCGGGUGCAGACGUACAAGAUGCACAUCUUCACCCUGAUACAGAUUCUGUGCCUGACCGUGCUGUGGAUCGUGAAGAGCACCAGAGCAGCACUGGCGCUCCCGUUCUUCCUGAUUCUAAUGAUACCACUCAGGGCUCAGAUGAGCCACUUUUUCACCGCCGCUGAGCUUAGGGCACUCGACAGUAAAGGUUCCGAACAUGAGACUUUCGAGGACGAGCCAGACUUCUACGAGGAAGCUCCGUUACCUGGUUAGAUAGUGCCUUAUUCGACUUACCCCCUC